AUGGCCGGUGAAAAGAAAGAUUUAAAGAAAUACACAAUUGCAGAAGUUGCUGCGCAUAAUGAUGCCUCGUCCACAUGGCUAAUCAUCGAUAAUAACGUCUACGAUGUAACAAAAUUUUUGGAAGAGCAUCCAGGCGGGGAUGAAGUUCUGCUGGAGCAAGCUGGUCAAAAUGCAACAGAAAGUUUCAAAGACAUUGGUCAUUCGCGAGAUGCUGUGGAGAUGACUAAAGAAUAUCUGAUUGGUUAUUUGUGUGAUCCGAAUGCAACAGAAGCAAUAGGAGACAAAACAAACUCAACCACCACACCAGUCAUCGCCAAAGGCGACGUGUCAUGGGUAGAUAUUAUAUUCAGUCCAACCUGGAGUAAUUUUCUGAUUCCUUUAGCUAUAUCUGGUGUCAUAUAUCUUCUCUAUCGGGGCAUGAAAACUGCUUUUUGA